UCCCCAUCGCAGACCCCCGCCCCGCCCCCCAGGGACUGGCGCUUCAGAGAACGCAGUAGGGUAGAAAAGCACCUUGGGCUGGUGCAGGGGUGCAGAGGUGCAGCGCCAGGUGGAGAAGAGAGAAUAGACACAGCAGCCAGACUUGUGGGAAAUCCUGAAGAUGGCCAAAGAUGAUUCCACUGUUCGUUGCUUCCAGGGCCUGCUGAUUUUUGGACACGUGAUUGUUGGUAUGUGUGGCAUCGCCCUGACUGCGGAGUGUAUCUUCUUUGUAUCCGACCAACACAGUCUCUAUCCACUGCUUGAAGCCACCAACAACGAUGACAUCUUUGGGGCAGCUUGGAUAGGCAUGUUUGUGGGCAUCUGCCUCUUCUGCUUGGCCGUUCUAGCCAUAGUAGGGAUCAUGAAGUCAAACAGGAAAAUUCUCUUGGCGUACUUCAUCAUGAUGUUUAUAGUGUAUGGUUUUGAAGUGGCAUCUUGUAUCACAGCAGCGACACAACGAGACUUCUUCACAACCAACCUCUUCCUGAAGCAGAUGCUGGUGAGGUAUCAAAACAACAGCCCGCCAACCAAUGACGACGAGUGGAAAAAUAACGGUGUUACCAAGACCUGGGAUAGGCUCAUGCUCCAGGACCACUGCUGUGGUGUAAACGGUCCCUCAGACUGGCAGAAAUACACCUCUGCCUUCCGGGUGGAGAAUAACGACGCUGACUAUCCGUGGCCUCGGCAAUGCUGCGUCAUGGACAAGCUUAAAGAGCCUCUCAACCUGGAUGCUUGCAAACUUGGAGUGCCGGGCUUUUACCACAGUCAGGGCUGCUAUGAGCUGAUCUCCGGACCAAUGGAUCGGCAUGCCUGGGGAGUUGCCUGGUUUGGAUUCGCCAUCCUCUGCUGGACUUUCUGGGUUCUCCUGGGCACCAUGUUCUACUGGAGCAGAAUUGAAUAUUGAGCACACAGUGUCUCAGCCGUACCUCCUUCCUCCGGGUGACUCUGAAUUUGGUGCUGGAACCUGCUGUUUCGUCACAUGCUCCCUGUGUGCUCCUCAGUGACACAUGUGCCUCGUCUCACUCAAGUGCCAGUUCGGGUGGAAUGAGCUUCCUUUAGGCUCUCAGGCUGCUGCGAUCCUCAGCAGAAAUAUUGCUCAUCCUUGCCUAAGACUCUGUAACAUAUUUAUGUCCUCUAAGACACAAAAUGUGCUCUCUAGGUACUUGCAUGUACCAUUUACAGUGUAGCACUUACAUGUGCCAUGUAAGACAGAAAACUUGGAGAGUGGAGAUGACUCUCACACCUGUUUAGGUUUAGCGUGGGAACACAAAGACGUUCAAAGGGACCUGUCUCACCAUAGUAAGCUCUGUUCAUAUUUAAUAGCAAAUUCGAGGA